AUGAUUUGUUCAGGGCCACAUUCAGCUGUUGGUUUCCCAACAGAAACAGGGAUAGCAAUAAUUUAUGCAAGCAAAGAGGUCCUCGCAACCGAUGAAAUCAGACCAACAAAAACAAGCAAGCCCACACCGCGCGCAGAACCUGAAAAAUGGAUACUAAACAACCAGUAUCCAGAGCAAACUGUCACCUUGGGACCAACAAUGCCCGACCUUACGUGCGCGGCGCUAAAGAAGUUACUAUUCGAGAACAUGGAUGUGUUUGCCUGGACACCGGCCGAUAUGGUUGGCGUCCCACGGCACAUAGCAGAACACAGACUGAAUGUUUCCGAAAAUGCCAAACUAGUGGUACAUACAAAACGCCAUCUGGGAGACAUAAAGCACGAUGCCAUGCAAGAACAGAUCACAGAAUUGCUAAACGCAGGGUUGUAUUGUUAUACAAAAAUCCCUUUUGGUCUAAAGAAUGCAGGCGCAACUUAUCAGAGAUUGAUGAACGAAACAUACAACGACGCCAUCGGUAAAUACAUCGAAGUCUACAUGGAUGACCUGGUCAUCAUGAGUAAGGAAGAAAGUUUGAUGCUGGUGAACAUCCAAAAAACGUUUGAUACGUUGCACGGGGUAAAUAUUAAACUGAAUCCAGCAAAGUGCUCCUUCGGGUUGGAAGAAGGGAAGUUCCUGGGUUUCAUCGUUACCAAGGAUAGGUUCAAGGUCAAUCCCGAAAAAGUGCAAGCGAUAGAGCGAAUGCCUUCACCAUCAAUGAUAAAAGAAAUGCAGAAGUUGGCCGGACGGUUAGCAGCACUAAACCGUUUCCUUGCCAACCAUGCAGCAAAGUCGUUUCCAUUUAUCAAAACCCACCGCAACUGUGUAAAGAAGAACCAGUUCCAAUGGACUCCUGAAGCUAAGCAUGCAUUCCGAGAAAUGAAAGACUGCCUCAUACGAUUGCCAACGCUAACAGCACCAACGAAAGGUGAACCGCUGGUCAUGUACCUAUCAGCAUCAGAAAAAGUGGGAGGGGCAGUUCUAAUGGUCGAUCGACAAGGCGUGCAAAUACCAAUGUAUUAUGUAUCUCGCACCUUGAAUGACCCAGAAACAAGAUAUGCCAUAAUGGAGAAGCUGGCCCUUGCACUGAUUCAUGCGUCCAGACGAUUGCGCAGGUACUUCGCUAACCAUGUCAUUCAUGUUCUGACAAAUUACAUCAUCAGCAACAUCCUCGCCAGACCUGAGAUAUCCGAAAGAUUAGCAAAGUGGGCUAUAGAACUGGGAGGCCAUAACGUGGUCUUUAGACCAAGGCCAGCAAUCAAGGGUCAGGUGUUGGCUGAUUUCCUGAUAGAGGUGCCCGACGAUAAAGACAGAGAAUGCAAGGCAAUGGAGAAAGCCGAAAAGCAACGUUCAGAAGAACCAUGGUUGCUAUAUACGGAUGGCGCAGGCGCAGGACUUAGACUGGUAAGUCUAGAAAAACAUGAGUUCACAUACGCCAUCCGGCUAGACUUCAAGAGCACAAAUAACAAGGCCGAGUAUGAAGCUUUUCUUGCUGGGCUGCGGUUAGCAAUCAAGAUGGGAGUCAAACACGUAGAAGCGCUCGUGGACUCCAUGCUCGUAGCAGGACAGAUCAAUGGUCAGUACGACGCCAAAGGAGACGUCAUGGCAUUGUACCUAGAACAAGUAAGAGCUCUGCUUCAAAGCUUUAAUUCUUACAAAGUGCUUCACAUCAACAGAAGCGAAAACAAGCCAGCAGAUGCACUGAGCAAACUCGCAUCAACCAGUUUCCAGCACCUGGCCAAAGACGUGCGCAUUGAAGUUCUAAGCAACCCAUCAGUACCAUUAAGGCAAGUAAACGUCAUCCAACUUGGAACAACAUCCUGGAUGACUCCGAUCAUCAUGUAUCUCCAGUCUGGAAUACUGCCAGAGAACAAAGCCGAAGCAAGAAAGAUCCAGUACAAGUCUGAACACUACCAAAUGUCUGAUGGCAUCCUGUAUAGGAAGUCGUACCUCGUACCGUUACUGCGAUGUGUAGAUCCAGAAGAUGCCAAUUAUUUAAUUCGCGAAGUACACGAGGGCAUUUAUGGCAUUCAUGCCGGACCAAGAAUAGUGGUAGCAAAAGUAAUGAACGCGGGUUAUUAUUGGCCAGGGAUGCAUCUGGAUGUAGUCAAGGUUUUGAGGAAAUGCAGUGGUUGUCAGAGACACACCCCAAAGACAAUGCGCCCAAAGAAUGAGCUAGUCCCCAUAACAACGGCAUGGCCAUUUCAGCAGUGA